UAGCUUUAGCAACAGAGGGAAUAGACAAAGCCUUUUGUACAUGACUGCUGCUGCUGACCCCAGCUUACUGAAUACCAUUUGGCUUUAUGUGAUUAAAAAAAAAAAAAAAAAAAAUUAAGGAAAAUAACCUCAUAACUCUUUAUGAAGUACCCAAAACAAAGAUUUUCAAAUUAUUGCAACUUUAAAAGCUGAAUUUUUUUAAAAAUAACAUGAAGGUUUUAUCCCAGCUUGAAGACACAGCUGUUGGUUUAGCUAGUGGGUAAUAAAUAUGGAGCUAGAGAUUGUUGUGAUCUCAUUUAAAUUUGACGCCAGCCAACAAAUUGCUGUUUCACUUUAAUUUUCUGUCAACUUGUAAAGUUACCCGGCUUAUUAAAGAGGCCUCCACCUUAGCAGGCUAACAGCUAAUUGCUAAAAACCAUUAGCCUAUUUAGACACUCCCUAUCACAUCUAAGGCAAGUGGUAACUUGCAUAUAAUGACAUAAACAUUAAGUGAAGUCAGACUCUCGUACAACGUUACGCCAAAAUACAACAGCAAACGGAGUUUCUUUCUUCAGCGCCCAGCCAUUGAUGCUAACACUAGCAAGCUAACGUUAGCUACCAUAAUAAGCAGACAAAGGUCUCAUUCUGCAGUCUGUCUCUAUCUUUGUACGAAUGCAAAAGCGACACUAUCGCUUUAAGAAACUCACCGUUGACGCUGCACGUGGUCGGACCAACAUGGCGACGCCCUGGUCAGCUUAGGUGGAAGAGAAAUCGACGUUACAUCUGGAGCCAAAAGAGUGAUGGCGGAUCUGAGUGGUGUUGCAGCGUUAGAGGCUGCAUCCUCAAAGGAGGAGAAACCUGGCGAUGAUCUCACUCAACUCUCCAAAACUGAUGCCUCCAAGCCUGAUCCUCCAGCUGAAGGCAGCGAGGCCACCUCCGACACCAACAUGUACCGUUACAUCAAAGAAGACCUCUUCACCUCAGAGAUCUACAAAGUGGAGAUCAGGAACCUGCCCAAGUUCGUCGGAUUCAACGACCUGAAGAAGUUCCUGGCCAAGCACGGCCUAAACCCACACAAGAUCAAGCUCUUUGGCAAGCAGACGUUCGCCUUCGUUACUUUUAAGAACGAGGAGGAGCGUGACAAGGCCAUGAAGAUGGUGCACGGCAUGCAGUGGAAGGGCCAGGUCCUGAGCGUCAGGCUGGCCAAACCCAAAGCGGACCCCAUCCUGAGGAAAAGGAAGCAAGGGGAGGAAGAGGGGCAGCCAGCGUCCAAGAGAACAGAGAUGGGUGAUGAGGAGGAAGAGGAGCCGCUCAGCGUUCAGAUAGCCAACGCCGUGACUCCUCUGUGGAAUGUGCCUUACGAGGAGCAGCUGAGGAUCAAGGAGCAGGAGGUGGUGGAGAUUCUGCAGAGACUGGCCAAGGAGAUAGGCGGCACCAACAAGGCCAUGUUGCCGUGGCUCUUUGCACAGAAAGGAAAAUUCAACAAAAUGUGUUGCCCUCUCGAAGCAAUUCGACCUUCUCCAACACAGACGGAGUACAGGAACAAGUGUGAGUUCCUCAUCUCAGUGGGGGCUGACGGGGAGGAUAAGACCAUCGGCUUCCGCCUGGGGAAGUACAAAGGAGGCUCGUGCGCCGUGGUGGGACCCGCGGAGACAUGCCACGUGUCCGCCGAGGCCAAGAGGGUGGUCCACGAGUUCCAGAAGUUUAUCAGGACUACCAAGUACUCUGUGUACAGUCCUGAGACGUACGAAGGCCACUGGAAGCAGCUAACCGUACGCACUACGAGGACCAAGCAAGCUAUGGCGAUCAUCUUCUUCAACCCGCAGAAACUUGAAGAGGAGGAGCUCAGCGCCCUGAAAAACUCCAUGAAGACGUAUUUUCUUGAAGGAGAGGGUAAAGAGAGUGGCAUUACCUCCCUGCACUUUGUCCGAGAGGGUCAAAGGACAUCUCCCAACCUAGAGGACCUGCCCUGCGAGCUCGUGGCCGGAGAGAGCUGCAUUCAUGAGGAGCUGCUCGGCCUGAAGUUCAGGAUAUCCCCGCACUCCUUCUUUCAGGUGAACACAGGGGCUGCCGAGGUGCUGUACUCGGCCGUGGGGGAAUGGGCUCAGCUCGACCAAGACAGCACGGUGCUGGACGUUUGCUGUGGGACGGGAACCAUCGGCCUCUCACUCGCUAAAAGAGUUAAAAAGGUGAUCGGCAUCGAGCUCUGUCAGGAAGCGGUGGAGGACGCCAAAAUGAACGCCAAGCGUAACGAUCUCAGUAAUGUCGAGUUUCACUGCGGAAAAGCCGAGGACGUGUUCCCCAAUAUCCUGAACGCUCUGGUGUCCCCCAACGUCACUGCCAUCGUGGAUCCACCGAGGGCGGGCCUGCACACCAAGGUCAUCCUCGCCAUCAGGAGAGCGGAACACCUGAAGAGGCUGGUUUACGUGGCGUGCAACGCCAAGGCGGCCAUGACCAACUUUAUCGACUUGUGCAGAGCUCCCUCCAACAGAGUUCACGGCGCCCCGUUCCGUCCGGUGCGAGCGAUGGCCGUGGAUCUGUUUCCACAGACCAAGCAUGUGGAGAUUCUUCUCCUGUUUGAAAGAGUGGACUACAACUCCCAGCAGACUUAGCAUCGACCAGAAACAGAUCAGCUGAACUUUAGCGCUUUCCAUUUUCUAAAUGUAUACACACUUAACGAGCUUAGUAAUUUUUUCCCUUUUUUUUUUUGGUAACAAAACAAAGUCUUGAGAGUUUUGGUUUGAUACGCAGCAUUUCUGGUAAAGAACUUGCACAAACUGUGUACAUGAAGAAUAAAGACAGUUCUCUA